GGUGCCUGACUUCCUAAAGCCUUUCUAGCAGAAAAACCUCUCGCAGAUAUUGAAGUCAAACUCGUCCCGUGUGGACUGACUACGUAAUCCAUUAAGGAAGCAUUGCAAAGUUAAAUGUCAAAUUAGGAAUGGAAAGCUGCGCACCAAGGCGCGCGACAGGGUGCGAUCCCUGCGCGAGUCGGCUUUCCCUCUGAUCUCUGAGUGGCGCUCGGCUGAGCGCUUCUGCUCAGACGCGGGAAUCAGCCGUUGGAGUGUGGGGGCGUCCGCUGCCGGUGAACCGAAACAGGAGCAUCGGUGGAGCCGUUGAACCCGUGGACCCCGUCAGCGCGAUGAGGGAUGGCGGCCUGAGCUUUGGUCUGACUAUGGACUGAGACAUCCUCGGCCCGAUCAGGAUGGAGUGGACGCUGUCCUCCCAGAACCAGUACUGGAGCGGUGAUGACAGACACAGUGCUGACGGGCGGAGGGACCGGCCGAAGAGCGUCGGACCCAUGACAGAUCUCUCGUGUCCCGAGAUGGAGCGAGGCUCUCCUGUACAGAUGCAGAGCCUGCGGGAGUUUGAACAGCACCUGAACGACCUGAAGAAGGAGAACUUCAGCCUGAAGCUCAGGAUCUACUUCCUGGAAGAGCGGAUCCAGCAGAAGUACGAGGAGAGCAGCGGGGAUGUGUUCAAGAGGGACAUCGAGCUGAAGGUGGAGGUGCAGAGUCUGAAGAAGGAGCUGGAGGAGAAGCAGCAGCUCCUGGACAAAGCGCUGUCCACGGUGGAGAGCCUGUCCAAUCAGAAUGAAGCAGAGCUGCAGCAACGUCUGGCCGAGCGCCAGGAGGACAUCAGCCACAUGCAGGAGAUCCUGCGGACCAAGGUGCAGUUCCUCCAGGAGGAGGCGGAGCUGGCGCGGGCGGACGCGGAGCGGAUGAGCUCGCUGGUGGACGCUGAGUCCCAGCGCUGCCUGGACCUCGAGAGGGAGGCCGCCGUCCGGGCGGAGGAGUGCAGGGGGCUGAGGCUGAGGCAGGGGACAGGUGGGUCCUGGGGGGGUACCACACCACGGGGGCCACAAUAG